AUGCGCCAGCAUUGUCAAGCCGAGAUCAUCCCGUGGAGGAGCAGUUUUGCUUUGCUCAUCGCCUCAUGCGUAUCAUGUUUCUUGGAUCUCACUUGUCUUUCAAUUACGAUCAUUAGAUGGCGGAUUUUACAAAAAAGGACAUCGAUGACGUGGAAUCGAACAGAAAAGUCGUUGCUACUACUUACAUGCUCAUUAUGCGUUUCGUUGUGCUUCAACUGCAUUCUUGACUGA